UUCAAAGAACGGCGGUCCUGCGGAUGAAAUGGGAAUUUCAUCGUUUCGGGAUACAAACUCAUGCGGCUAUCGACGGCGUGCGAUCAAUGCAAAGCGCGGAAAGUGAAAUGCGACGGUCUUCAGCCAUGCUCGCAUUGCGUACGACGCAAAAAUCCAGACUGUCGAUACACCCGUGCCGCGAAACGGCCUCGAGUUGAGAGCCCUGGGACGCCUCGGCCUCAAUCAGAGGGUGCUCUUCAACCUAGGGACUUGGGAAGACCAUUAAUGCUGUCUUCGAGUCCAACGGCGCAAGCGCGAUUGAAUAGGCCUGAGUCCAUCAACGAAGAGGAUGAGACUGCUGUUCCUCGAGACUCACGCCUUUUGCGUGAUGCCCAGGGCAAACUUAUGUUCAUCGGGGAUUGUGCGCCCUUGUCUUUCCUCCAGACCGUUAGACAACUUAUCACUACCUUUGUGGAUGCAGAUGCAUUUGCUACGCAAGGCCACGAUGCACUGUUGGAGCAAACAGAAUCUAUGAUGCAGUCGUUGGGCGUAGUAGUUAACAGCUCCCAGCUGCCUGCCUCGCUACUUCAGUCUACCCUUUCCAACUUCAUAGCUGUUACAUCGGGCUUGCUCGACGUCGGUAACUUUGAAGAAAUCAGCCUACGUAUUACAAAUUGGAUAAAUCGGACUGAACGUCAGGAUGAUAUGCUCUCAGCUGUCAAUUAUCUCAUACUCGCCAUAGGCUUGCAAAGCCGUAACGAACAGCUGUCGAGCGGCUACUUCCACCAAGCCCUUAGAAUCGCACUUAUUAACCUCACCAUUGAUACUAGUCCUCUUACUGUCCAAGCGUUUCUUCUCGUCGCUGUUCACAUGCUAAGAAGCUGUCAACCGAACGGAGCGUUCUUGUACCUCGGAUUGGCCGCCAGGGCCAGCUAUUCGAUUGGAAUGCAUCGAGCGGAGAUUAACGCUCGUUUUGACGAAGAGACCCAGCUGCAAAGGGAAAGACUAUAUAAGAGUCUCAAGAUCUUUGAUCUGUUUGUCAGUAUGAGCCUUGGUCGACCUCCCGCACUUUAUGACAUAGAUUGCUCGGUUCCUUACAAGGUUUCAAACUACAGGGGGAUGGAACACGUAGACCUCCUGGAUGACGUUAUUCAGAUUCUGCUUGUUGUGGAAACCAUAGUAGAAGAGGUUUAUUCUCGAAGAAAAAUUUCUCUGCAGCUCACGAGACAAAUCUCGCAACGACUGAAAGACUGGGCAGCAAGUAGGAUGCAAAGAUUGAGCACCUUGGUUGCGUCUGCUGGAUCUCCGCAUAGUCUUCCUUAUGCCGUCGGGGCUUGUCAAGCAUUGUCGACUUACUACUAUGCAGUCAUGCUCCUUUCGAAGCCAUUCUUAAUGUACGAAGCCUAUAAAGUAUUGGAAUCCAGCAACAAGGGUCAUCAAAUCAGCUCGGGAAGCACAGGAAGGCGGGCGCUUGCUGAUGGAUGCGUCGAUGCCGCGUGUGGACUGGUGGACAUGGUAUGCAAGCUGACUCAAAGCAACACUAUACCACAUAGGAUGCCUUUAAUCGUUUCGUGGUUGUUCACCUCGUCACUCGUUCUUGGAGUUGCUCUCACAGCUGGUUUUGGACGCAUCAUGGAGAGAUAUCUCGUUGGUGCAAUCAGCGCACUGGAAUACUUUGCAAAAUACGAUGCACAAGCUACACAGUAUUCACUAAUUGCAAGGUCUCUACUGUCUAUCGGGAUGGAGUAUCUGCAGCGCCAGGAGUUGAACGAACGACUGGCACGAGGAAAAGCCUCCUCAGAACUCUUCGGAUUGCCGAUCGAAAGCUACAAGAAUUCUGCCGACGAUUCCAAUAAACGACUGGUAGCGGCGGCACCUCCAAUCAUGACAGAAAAUGUCAUUGGAAAUGACUCAAUCGCAACUUCCGCCUUUGCGGUGGAAAACUGGGAGGAUUUUGACAUCAGCGCACUUGGAGACAUGAUUGAUUCAUCUCAGGAUCUCUUUGGCACGCUGAACAUGUUCCCAAGAUCAGAUGCUCAUAUAGAGUUUGAUUGUUAGUUAAUGUUUAAUGACAUUCGACAGCCAUGUUAUCUUACUU